GCGGGGACGGAGCUGCGGCCGCGGGCGUCUGUCUGCAGCCCUCGCCGGGCCCGGGGCUGGGUUCGAGCUUUGGCGAGGCGGCAGCCCCGCGUACACCAAAGAGGAGGCGGCUGAGGUGGCCGUGGCGGCAGCGGCGGCCCCAGCCAUGCUGUGCUAUGUGACGAGGCCGGACGCGGUGCUGAUGGAGGUGGAGGUGGAGGCGAAAGCCAACGGCGAGGACUGCCUCAAUCAGGUGUGCAGGCGACUGGGAAUCAUAGAAGUUGACUAUUUUGGACUGCAGUUUACCGGUAGCAAAGGUGAAAGUUUAUGGCUAAACCUGAGAAACCGGAUCUCCCAGCAGAUGGACGGGCUUGCCCCUUACCGGCUUAAACUCAGAGUCAAGUUCUUCGUGGAGCCUCAUCUCAUCUUACAGGAGCAGACGAGGCAUAUCUUUUUCUUGCACAUCAAGGAGGCCCUCCUGGCAGGCCACCUGCCCUGUUCCCCAGAGCAGGCAGUGGAGCUCUGUGCCCUCCUGGCUCAGACCAAGUUCGGGGACUACAACCAGAACACCGCCAAGUACAACUAUGAGGAGCUGUGUGCGAAGGAGCUCUCCAGCGCCACCUUGAACAGCAUCGUGGCAAAGCAUAAGGAGCUGGAGGGAACCAGCCAAGCCUCAGCGGAAUACCAGGUCCUGCAGAUCGUGUCCGCGAUGGAGAACUAUGGCAUCGAGUGGCAUUCGGUGAGGGACAGCGAAGGGCAGAAGCUCCUCAUUGGGGUUGGACCUGAGGGCAUCUCAAUCUGUAAGGAAGACUUCAGCCCAAUUAACAGGAUAGCUUAUCCUGUGGUGCAGAUGGCCACACAGUCAGGAAAGAAUGUGUACCUGACGGUCACCAAGGAGUCCGGGAACAGCAUCGUGCUCCUGUUCAAGAUGAUCAGCACCAGGGCAGCCAGCGGGCUCUACCGCGCCAUCACAGAGACACAUGCUUUCUACAGGUGUGACACAGUGACCAGCGCUGUCAUGAUGCAGUAUAGUCGCGACUUAAAGGGGCACUUGGCAUCCCUAUUUCUGAAUGAAAACAUUAACCUCGGCAAGAAGUACGUUUUCGAUAUCAGAAGAACCUCCAAGGAGGUGUACGACCACGCCCGGAGGGCUCUGUACAACGCGGGCGUCGUGGACCUCGUGUCGCGGGGCGACCAGAGCCCUCCUGGCUCACCGCUGAAGUCCUCCGAGAGCAGCAUGAACUGCAGCAGCUGCGAGGGCCUGAGCUGCCAGCAGACCAGGGCGCUGCAGGAGAAGCUGCGCAAGCUGAAGGAGGCCAUGCUGUGCAUGGUGUGCUGUGAGGAGGAGAUCAACUCCACCUUCUGUCCCUGCGGCCACACUGUGUGCUGUGAGAGCUGCGCCGCCCAGCUGCAGUCCUGUCCGGUGUGCAGGUCGCGUGUGGAGCACGUCCAGCACGUCUAUCUGCCGACCCACACCAGUCUCCUCAAUCUCACUGUCAUCUAACCUGCCCCCGUGCGUCAGACUUGCCGUGCUUCCAUGCACUUCACCGCCACAGGCUCCGAGAAGGAUUGAUGGUGGAGAAAAUCUCACUCCAGUACCCAUCUGCCAUGCGACGUUUACAAAACAACAACAACAACAAAAGAAAGAAAAACAAGACUACAGCUACUCAUCACUGCAAAAACCCAUCCAUGCACAGAACCAACAACCCCAGUGGCGGAGACUGGAAAGAGCCCUGGAACAUGGAUGCAUUCCUUGGACUUUGCUUUCUUGAGGAUCAAGUAAAGGAAUAGGUAAAAUCUUCUGUAAUGGCAAUUAAGUGGCAAUGUAGCAAAAAAAAAAAAAAAAAAGCAAGAAAAGAAAAAAGGGGAGGGGGUACUUUUUAGGAAAUGAUGGUAUAAGUCUCCUUAAUGUAUCCCAAGGUAAGUUUCAUACCUACAGCAGAUUUUGUAAGAAUGAGUUUUACGAAUUUACUUGGUUCUUUUUGUAUGCUCAUGGAGCUCCAGACAUUUUUAAUAGGAAACUUUUUCUUAAAUAGUCGUCGUUUUAAUGUCAUUUCUGUUUUUAUAACUCGUUCAAGAAUGCUUGGAAGGCAAACAGAUUUCAGAAUCAAUUUUGUGACUUAAGCUGAACGAAACUGUUGUUGAAUUCAACCAACCAGUCUGGCUAGGAGAAAGCAGAUAAUUCCUUGGACGGCUUCCUGCUCUCUCUCCCAUCCCCCAGCCCAUUCUUUUGAUUAUCAAGUGCUACCAGUUUGGGUAUCCGAUUUCCAUGGAGUAGUCAUGCACUCCUUGGCUUCCUGAGUUGAUGGAAUGUAUUAUUUUAACAUGGAAAUGGGAGAGUGUUUCCCUUGGAAGGGAGAGCCUGGCUCACUGAGCGUGCAGCCUUGUGCUGUACAAAUAAACGAGGGCUGUUCUGAAUUCUCCCAAGCACUCAACUCCAGCUUCACCCAUUGGUGUCGCUUCGCUUGAACCGUCAAGCCUUAUCGCAGGUGUCUACAUAAGUGUAUCCUUUUUAUUUUUAUUUUUAUUUUACAUUUCCUGUAGUAUUAACUCUUGGUUGUCCUUCUCUCUGUUUUGGAGGGGUUUUGCCUCUCUUGGUCUCUUUAUUCCUAAGUUCAUUUUCCAUUCUCAUUUGGGCAUUUUGGAAGCUGGUCAGCUGGCAGGGUUUUCUCGGCUAGCAGAGACCCUGAUGACCUUAUCGGGUGCAAUACUAGCUGUGUUAAAGCUAGAAUCUACACUGUCACUUUACUGAGACGUCUGAGUAUACUUUUCAUAUUGCCUUAAUGUAGCAGUACUGUGUUUAUGCAUUUGUUUCUUUGCACAGACAUUUUGUCAGAUAUUAAAACUCUACUUUUUUAUGGCACAUAUUAGCAUAUAAGCCUUUAUUCCAAGAGGUAUUUAUUUUUUCACUUGUAAAAAUAUGAUGUUUCCACAUAAAGAACUCUGUUAUAUCCUAGAGGACUUCUGUCUUUUAUAUUCAAAAUAAUAAAGACUUUAAAGCAAACAUCA